UAUGUUACAGAAGACUGAAAUUAUCAAACACAAGACUUGAUUGAAAAAGGAAAACCUUUCAAAUCACAAUGUGGUAUGUCAUAGUGACGUGCCGUACGUUAUCAUGGACUCUCACCAGCCUCCUAUCAAGCAUGAUAAUGCUAAGUGCAUUGCUUAGUCCACAAUGGCUGCUUGGAAAGGGUGAAAAUUCAAUUGGUGUUUACACAAGAUGCAUGGAAAAGCAGCGCACGAAUAUGUUACAAUGCACGACACUAGCAACACGCGGUUUGGCAACUGAUGCAGAAGUAUUUCCAACUGAAUGGAAAAUUGCGACUGUUUUCAUAUCAAUUGGUUUGACAAUCAUGUUUGUUUCGGUAGUCAUGAGUUUUGCAGCUUGUUGCUUCCAAAGCAUUUUUAAAAAGUCCUUGUUUACCACCACUGGUGCAGCACAGACCAUCGCGGGAAUCUUUUACAUUUUAGCUCUCACUCUGCAUCCUAUGGCUUGGAAUGCAACCAGAGUUGUAAAACUCUGUGAUAAUUCAUCACCUUUUUAUCCUGGCCAUUGCGCGAUCGGUUUAGGUUUGUGGUUGGCUCUAGCAGGAACAGGUUUGACUUUCCUCGCAGCAAUGCUCUCUAUGCCGGCGGACAAAUCCACCAACAGCGAUAAAGUCCAGGAUCGCAUCUAUGAAGGUCACAGCUUAAUUUGUUUGCUAUAAACUCACAAAACUGGUACGCAUUUGAGCAUCAACAUAAUAAUUUAUUCAUAUAAGUUAGUUUAUCAGAUCAAUUUACUUCUUCUGCCAUAUGAGACAUUUGUUAUUACUGGGCAAAUCGCAUUUAUCAAUCAAAAUCAAUCCGUUUGUUGCGGCCAGUUUUUCCAAAUCGGAAAUAUCGCGUAAUCCCCAGUCAGGGUUUCUCGACUUUAAACUUUCAUCGAAAUCCACGUUGCUUUCCGGUUUGAUAAUUCCAUUUUCGGCGUACGGGCCGUACAUAGCCAUCAAACCCUUGGGAUAUAAUAAUUUACCCGCAGCGCGAAACAGUCCAAGAGUACAUGCCCACUCGGAAAUAUGAAUCAUAUUAAUAUUAAUGAUAUAAUCAUACUUUUACACGCCAAUGGCCAUGUAGCAACAUCAGCGGUUACAUUGAUCAACGCCGGCGGUUUUACGUUCUUCUUCGGCAAGUCAUCAGCAUAAGCUUGAAUACUUUUAAACAAAGCAUCUUCGAAUUCCGACGGGUGAAAAACUAGAUUAGGAAACGCUUUGGCAAAGUAGGCGGCGUGUUGUCCUGUACCGGAUGCUAUCUCCAAAACGUCGCCGGGACGAGAAGAGUCGAAAUGUUUUUUGAGGACGUCCAGAAUGUAGAUCUUAUUGCGCUCGGCUGAAGGGUAAUUGAUUUUUUCACUGUUUCAACAAAAAUAAUAACAAUAGUCAUAUUUCUAAAGAUAGAAAGCAAAAAUAUAUGAAAUUACCUCAUUUUUGAUAAAUGGCGUAAACCGAAUCUCAAGAAAUGUCGCAUUCUGAAACAAAUAGACUUGCAAGUGCCAAAAAUAAGUGACUUAUAAAACUAAACAACUCGUAACUGUAUUCCAUAUGUAUACUCUUCAUUUAUACGUGUUUAUAUUUGAUAAUAACAUAAAUUAGAUAUUAAAAUAUCUAAAAUGUCAUGAGUACUUAGUACGACUAAAGCGCCAUGAAUUAAAAGCAGCGCAGGGCAUGAAAAAUUGAUUUUUAUUGUGAAAUUUUGCAUAUUUGCCAUUUUUCAAGUACCUACGCUGUUAUUAUAGUAUAAACUAUGCUUUAUCAAAUAUUUUGUGUUAAGUUAAGGUGCUAAAUCAGUAAUCUCACUGCCAUUCAUCAUUUAUAAUAAUGAUUUUUAUAUCUGUACACAUUUAUACACAAUUUUGUACGUUUUAUAUUGUGAUUGAUACAUAUUAUAUCUAUGUGUCUUCAA